GUCCCUCGGAGAAAGAAAGAGACCGGAAGUCGCGUCGCUUACUGAGAGGAUGUUUCUUACCGGCGGACCCAUCCGACUUCCGGUGUCUCUAUUCUUUCUUUACGAAGGAUCUGUGGAUGCAGCGCGCUAGUGUGCACUGCUCCGAAACAUGUGCGACGAGGGAGGGAUUGGACUGGAUGCCGGAAUGGGGUCGGUGCAGCUGUGAUGUGUUGAUCCAGUCAGAGGCUGUUCAAACACAGCGGAUUUUAGUCGCAGUCGCCCUGAGCCAAGGAAGGACAUCCUAGCCAAGGCCUUGAAGCAGCGUAUCUCCAGGAAAGGCCUGUUUCUCGACUAGUGCCUCCACACGGCGACGAGCUCCGAGUCUCCUACAAAAUGUCCCGCGAGCGUGAGCCCCGUCACCGCACGGCUGGAUCGUCAGCGUCCGUGCGUGCUCCACGCGGUGUCUGCAAUGGAGAGAAGCGUCUGGAGUGUCCAGUGUGCGAGAAGCAGUUCGCCUCAAGAAGUAACCUAGAAGCGCACCUUCGGACCCACACCGAGGAGAAGCCCUUCGAGUGCACAGUUUGCAGGAAGAGCUUCACUGAAAGUGGAAGUCUCAGUAGGCAUCUUCGGACCCACACCGGGGAGAAGCCUUUCGAGUGCGCAGUUUGCAGGCAGAAGUUCAGUCGAAGUGGUAGUCUCAGAGCACACCUUCGCACACACACCGGGGAGAAGCCUUUUGAGUGCACAGUUUGCGGGCAGAAGUUCAAUCAUAGUGGAGGUCUCAGAACGCAUCUUCGGACCCACACCGGGGAGAAGCCUUUCGAGUGCACAGUUUGCAAGAAGAAGUUCACUCAAAGUGGAAGUCUCAGAACGCACCUUCGCACCCACACCGGGGAGAAGCCAUUUGAGUGCACAGUUUGCCGGAAGAAGUUCGCUCAAAGUGGAGAUCUCAGAGCACACCUUCGCACCCACACCGGGGAGAAGCCUUUUGAGUGCACAGUUUGCGGGCAGAAGUUCAAUCAUAGUGGAGGUCUCAGAACGCAUCUUCGGACCCACACCGGGGAGAAGCCUUUCGAGUGCACAGUUUGCAAGAAGAAGUUCAAUGAAAGUGGAGAUCUUAGAAAGCACCUUCGCACGCACACCGGGGAGAAGCCUUUCGAGUGCACAGUUUGCAAGAACAAGUUCAAUGAAAGUGGAGAUCUUAGAAAGCACCUUCGCACGCACACCGGGGAGAAGCCUUUCGAGUGUACAGUUUGCAAGAAGAAGUUUGUUCGUAGUGGACAUCUUCGAACGCACCUCCUGACGCACACCCGGGACACGCAUCGUGAGUGAAUAAGUUUGGACGACCUUUAUCUUCAGGACAUUGUUCAUACGGCGCAUCAUUUAUGCUAUUUCAUUUAAUCAAUUCUGUUUAAAAGAACGUUGGAACAGCGCCAAAGCCGUGGCCAUGAUUCCUAUUUUUCUUCAGUGCUCUUGGUACUGCUGUAACUUGUGCCAGUUGACAAAUACUCACUGUUUACAUUGAAUCCAAGCCUUUUAUGGUCCUUGUGUGGACGCCUAGUCGUUCCGUGCAAUUUCACUGGUCAAGGGAGCAGUGGCGCUUUGUGCACGGUUUUUAAUUUUUUCCAACUUUUUGUUUUGACCUCAAUGAAAAAUAUUGGCAUGAAUGCUGAACACUAACAGCGGUACCCUAAAGCACAAAUACUUUACAACUAUUUCAAAACACAAUUUGUUUUAGCACCUAAUCAGGGAGGAUUAUGGUGCACGUUAAAAAGGUCUGCAAAAUUAUGAAUGGUGUCACUACGCUCACGAUUUCAUCUGAAGUUUGAUUUUUUUUUUUGCUAUCGGUAAGCUGUAUCAGAAACAGCAUAAAAUUCCCUAAAAAUGAACCCCAGGGGCCAAAAUCGGACAGAAAAUACUGCUAUAUAUUUAGUAUCGGACGAGAAAGAUUUGUUAGAGAUAAAUAAGUUUCCUAGCAGUAUUUUUCGACUGAUUUUAACCCCUGUGAUUCAUUUUGUGGCCAAUUUAAUGCGCUUUUAAAUGCACUUUACCGAUGCAAAAGAUUUGAAAACUUUGGCUGAAAACGUGCGUGCAGUGACACCAUGCAUUAUUUUGCAUUCCUUUUUUACGUGCUUCCUAUUCUGCUCUAAUCUUUAGCUUAAGCAAAAAAUUAAGUUCGGAAGUUGUGGUUAAAUGUUUGCCCUUAAGGUCGCCGCCGUUGGACUCCAGCGUUCAUGCCAAUAUUUUUUAUUGAGGUGCGAACAGAAAGUUGGAAAAAAAUUGAACAAACCGUGCACGAAGUGCUACGACUUUUUUAUAUGAACUAACAAUUUCCUAAGAACUUGUUCUAUCCAUAAUUGGCUCGUGACGCUUUGGUAAAAUGCUUAAGCAUCUAGAUUUUCGUUUUUUUUUUUAAAUGUUGAUUGUGCUACCUGAGACUGCGUCUAACUGCCACCUUGUCCUCAGAAGCCUCUCGAGAACUCAACCAAUUGGUGAAGGUGAAAGCUUCUGUACGAACAUUGUUUGGACCAACGGAAUAAUUCUGUAAAUUUUAAAGGGGCGUGACGAAUACGUCGAAGCCGAGUGUUUUGUUUUGAAUUCUUGUACCUUGGAACAUUGCUUUUGGAUACAUUAAACUUGGUUCCUGUUUUGAA